GCCCCAGUAAACCAAACAUCUGCGUCUAUUUCCUCCGAAUUCCCUACUAGUUGGAAUUCACCACAACCACCAUCAUGCUCUCCAACACCCUCCUCACAACCCUUCUCCUGUUCUCAGCGCAAACAACAACCAUUCUCGCCCUUCCAACAAAAACCCACUGCCAAUGUAAAAUCGUGCCAAACAUCCCAUCAUCAACCUCAACCACCUCCUCACCAUACGCCAUCGACUCGCCCUCAGCAGCCCAUUGGGCCCCUGCCUCUCCCUCCGAAGACGAGUCCGCCUCACCUUCCCCCAGUCCCUUGGCCAGUAGCACAAUCUGCACAACCCUCGCCUCGCAACUCUCGCAAUUUCAACACACAAACCCAGACCUCUACGCCUUGUACCUCCAACGCGCCCCCACACGCUCCAUUGAUGAUUCAGUCGCCGAAAACCCAAUCCCCACUUCAGUCCUCCUAAGCGCAACCUCUUCCUCCGAUGCCUCCUCCGAUGCCUCCUCCGAUGCCUCCGAUGCAAGCGGCAAUGGGUUGAAAAUCGUAUGCUACGAAGAUGAAACCGCAGCAGAUGCCUCGACUCCCCUACGCGACAUCCAAUCCUCACCCUUGACACUACUCGUCCUCCAACUCAUCGUCGUCCUCUCCAUCGUCGCGUGCAUCGCUGAAGGCCUGCACAUGCUCAAGAACCUUAUCUCUCCACCCCCCAAACCAGAACAUAGCCUCCGUCUCGUAGGCGCGGAAAAACGCCUUCUCGCUAUCCCAUCUACCCCUUAUCACAACGCUGCAGACGCAAUGGCGAGUCCUGGUGCCGAAAAGAAACUCCGCGCGUACUAUGAGGCGCCCCGCUAUUUCGUUGCCCAAGGGGGGAAUGGACGGAGAGAGUUUAUCGCGUAUGAUGAUGAUAGUGAUGAUGAGAUUAAUCGCCCUGUUUUAUAGAUGCGAUCGUUUUUUUCUCUUUUGUAUGCAAAUAAAGCCGUGAUUUGGCGAUUCUCUAUAUAGUAAUGAAGUAAUGAACA